AUGGCACCGCGUUUGGGGCUCUUUCUGAUUUGGGCUGGUGCAUCUGUGUUUCUACAACUGGUCCCUGUGAAUGGAGAUGAGAACAACGAUGUUUCUACUGAACAUACUGGAGACAAGUCUUCUGCUGAAUCAGCUGAAGAUGAACAAUGUGUUUUCCCAUUCACCUAUGGAAAGAAAAAGCAUUUCGACUGCACAUUCCAGAGUUCCAUAUUCCCGUGGUGUUCCCUCGAUGCAGACUACACAGGAAGAUGGAAAUUCUGUACCAAGAAAGACUAUGCCAAGUGUGUCUUUCCCUUUAUCUUUGGAGGCAAGAAAUAUGAGACUUGCACAAGAAUUGGAAGUUUUUUGGGGUCUUGGUGCUCACUCUCUCCAAACUAUGACCAGGAUAGAGCUUGGAAGUAUUGCUAGUCAUAA